CAUUCGUGGACAACUUACGUUAUUUCAUUAUCAUUGCGAUGGCUGAUACUGUUAAAAUAUUGUACAAUUCCAUAAAGGAAAAGUUUAAUUUUGAACUUAAGGACGAACAAGUAAAUAUUAUUUCGGCAUUGUUGGAAAACAGAGAUGUGACUGCUUUGCUGCCAACUGGCUAUGGAAAAUCUAUGUGCUACAUUAUCCCGCCAUUGCUCAAAGACCAGCAGGUUAUCAUUACAAAUGAGAGUUUUGAAUUGCCUCACGUUUCUGUUGUUGUGUCUCCCCUCAUCAGCUUGAUGAAAUAUCAACAACAACAGCUGCACAGUUGGGGUAUUAAGAGUUGCAUAUCGAGCGGAAAACAGAUAAAUGUGAAAGAUAUUGCAAGGGCCGAUGUUUCGAUAAUAUUUGUCACUCCGGAGGCAUUGAUACGAAACCAGUGAAGGGACCUGUUACUGGAUUCCAAAUUUAAAAAAAAGACAUUGCUUGUUGGCAUGUGACGAUAAUUUUGAUAUAGAUAACAAUACAAUGACGGAAAUGCACAAUCCUCGUUUGUAGUCAAGUCAUUAUAUCUAUACAGUUUUAUGUUUUGUACUGUCUCUAUGUAUCAUUCAAGGAAUGACUGUGUUGUUGUUGUUUUAUGUGAACAGUUAUACGUAUUAUCUUGUACCUAUAUAAGGCAUACAUAAAU